GCGCGCCGCACGGUCGUCGGUCGUAGCACACGUGCGAACGGUUUCUUCGUAACCCGCAGCACCUCUUAGUUCACGAUGGUGAAGGUUACCUCCACCGAGCAGGCGCUCAAGGGCGUGCUUAACAAGGGCCAGACCGCGCCCAAGAAGGCGUCCAAGACCCCGGGAUUCUACCCCGCCGAGGACGUCAAGUUCCCGCUCAAGCGCGCGGCGGUCGCGAAGAACCCCACCAAGCUUCGCGCCUCCAUCACCCCCGGCACCAUUCUCAUCCUCCUCGCCGGCCACUUCAAGGGCAAGCGCGUCGUCUUCCUCAGGCAGCUCGAGUCCGGGCUCCUCCUGGUGUGCGGCCCUUACGGCGUCAACGGCGUGCCGAUCAAGAGGGUGAACCAGUGCUACGUCAUCGCCACCUCCCAGAAGGUUGACGUCGCCGGCGUGGACACCGCCAAGUUCAACGACGCGUACUUCAAGAAGCCCGCCAAGGUCCGCUCCAAGAAGAGCGAGGAGGACUUCUUCCAGGGCGAGGAGGAGAAGAAGGAGCUUCCCGCGUCCUACAUCGAGGACAACAAGGCGCUCGACGCCAAGCUCGGCCCCGUCAUCGACAAGGUGCCCUACCUCAAGGGGUACAUGGCCACCAAGUUCACCCUCCGCAGCGGCGACAAGCCCCACGAGAUGAAGUUCUAAGCGCUUCAUCGAGUAGCAGCAGAGGGUUUGGUGGCGCGUUCUCUCGAUGAGGCGCGGGCGCGGGUGACCUCGACGGCGAGAAAGAUGACGGCACUGACGGGUCGACAAGUGCCAGCUGUGUUAGCAUGAGAAGGUACCGCGCCGGCGUCCGUCGUGGACGCGCGGGGGUGUUAGUCGUAGAACUGUUCAAUCAAGAGACAAUUCCGGCUCG